GUCCAUUGUAGCAGUUCUUCAAUUCCUAAAAGCUUUUCCACACACAUCUCUUUCUCUCUCCACCCCUCUCUCUCCUCUCAAUCCCUCAAGCUUGAAGCUUAAAGGAUGUGAACACAUAAAAAAAUUAAAUCUGCAUUAUUGCUGAGCUAACCCUUGAGUCGUUUCUAGUCUUGGCAUGUUUGUGAUGCUUCACAUCGAUUCUUGUUCUUUGUGAGGUGGGAUAUCAGCUUGUUAGCUCGCGAAUUGUUACUUUUCAACCUCGUGAUCUGGCUAAUGCAUGUCUCCGAAAGUCCUCAAGGUUCGAUUAGAAGCUUGUGUAGCCUCAAGAGAGCUAAUUGAUGGACGAGAUGUGUCCAACAAUUGCAGUUACAGUUAGCUUAGGUAACCCCGUGUGCGAAAGUCACAAGGAGACUGCACGGCUCAAGCUAGAGACAGAGGCAGCAAUGAUGCUGGAUGAUAUUUCUCGUUCUAGUUCGGAUAACACGGAAAGCAGCAAUGUUCCAGUAGUGCCCCGGGGAAGUGAGGCGAAACGUGAUCUGUCACAGACGAUGGCUGAAAAUUAUCAGUUCAGUAGUGAUGUUCAGGAAAGUGAAGAAGACGAGGUUCUUUCAAUCGGGGAAGGCCCUGACUUGAGUAGUGUGGAGUUGGUCCCCUUAGAUUCUUGCUCGGAUUUAACCGUGCCUUUAGAUACCACACCGGAGUCCAGCUUACCCAUUGCUGUCGAGAUCGAGGGCGUUGAUAACGGCCAGAUAGUUGCAAAAGUCAUCAGUGUGGAAGAUAGAAACACUAAGCGGAGGUUAUCUCACGAUAACCUCACAGUAGCUACUACACAAGAUGAAGAAUGCUCGAGCGGGCCUACUAUAAAGGCUUCAGUAGUUUCUCUCAAGUUAUCCAGUGAAAAAAAUCCUAGCAAAGGAGGGGUUAAGAGUGUCUACGAGUUGGAUUGUCUGCCUCUUUGGGGUUCGGUUUCCAUCAUUGGACAUAGGCCGGAGAUGGAAGAUGCUGUUGUAGCUGUUCCUCAUUUCAUGAAAAUUCCCAUCAAGAUGUUCAUCGGUGACUAUAAGAUAGGCGGGAUAAGUCAAACUCUGACUCACCUCACCUCACACUUUUUUGGGGUAUACGAUGGUCAUGGUGGAUCUCAGGUUGCAAAUUACUGUCGUGAGCGUCUCCAUUUAGCUUUAAGAGACGAGAUAAUAAAUGUCAAAGAUAAUCUGGUUAACGGGAGCAGCCAAGCCUCCCAAGAUGCUCGACAAGUGCAAUGGGAGAAGGUAUUCAAUAGUUGCUUUAAAGAGGUCGAUGACGAGGUCAGUGGAAAGGUUAGCCGAGUCAUACCCGUAGAAGAUGCAAUUGUGUCUAAUUGCGCCUCUGAACCCGUUGCCCCUGAAACUGUUGGAUCCACAGCGGUUGUUGCAGUUGUUUGUUCAUCCCAUAUUAUAGUUGCUAACUGUGGAGAUUCGAGGGCUGUCCUUUACCGUGGUAAAGAGCCAAUCGCACUCUCGGUUGAUCAUAAACCAAAUAGGGAGGAUGAAUAUGCUAGAAUCGAGGCGUCUGGUGGCAAGGUAAUACAAUGGAACGGACACCGUGUUUUUGGCGUUCUCGCGAUGUCACGGUCUAUUGGUGACCGAUACUUGAAGCCAUGGAUCAUACCGGAGCCCGAGGUCAUGUUCGUCCCUCGUGCCAGGGAAGACGAGUGCCUCGUCCUAGCCAGCGACGGCCUAUGGGAUGUGAUGACGAACGAGGAAGUAUGCGACCUAGCACGGAAGCGGAUCUUAAUCUGGCACAAGAAGAACGGGACGAACCCCUCAGCAGACCGGGGCCAAGGAGUCGACCCUGCAGCACAAGCAGCAGCAGAGUACCUCUCGAACGUGGCCAUGCACCGGGGGAGCAAGGACAACAUAUCGAUAGUCGUCGUCGACCUCAAAGCCCAAAGGAAGUUCAAGAGCAAGUCUUGAUCAAGCCAUGGUUGGUACUUAUGAUAUUAGGCUCAUUAUAUACAACACAAUAUAUAUUACUAUCUCAUUAUUACAUAACUUGUCCAUUUAUUUUUCAUAUGGGCUUGAGUUGUUUAUGAGAAUAUAGUGUAUCAGUUUGUAACAUAGAUGCAAUAUGAGAAAAAUGAGCUUUGUAUGAAUUUUUGGCUACGAUCAAAAUUCUAUGUAAAUCUUAAUAUAUAUGUCUGGCUUUA